AUGGGCAUGGAUUACUUAUUAGCUGCUGUGUUGUUCGUGACGUUAGCGCUAGCAACCUUGCUGCUCGGCUUGGUUUUGAGAUUCGGGAUCGGCGAGCUCUGCGAUCCAAGGCUACCGCCGGGUUGGAGGGGCUUGCCGCUCGUCGGAGAGACGCUCGAGUUCUUCACCGCGUCCCCGACCCUCGAGCUGUUGCCCUUCUUCAAGCGACGGUUGGAGAGGUUCGGGCCCAUCUUCCGGACGAACAUAGUUGGCGAGGACAUGAUCGUGUCGCUGGACCCGGACCUGAACGCGCGCGUGCUGCAGCAGGAGGAGCGCGGCUUCCAGAUCUGGUACCCCUCCUCUUUCAUGCGAGUCUUGGGCGCUAACAACAUGGUCUCCAUGCUCGGCCCGCUCCACCGCCACAUUAGGAACCUCGUGCUCCGCCUCUUUUGGCCCGAGGCCCUCCGCCUGGUGCUGCUCCACAACGUGCAGCGGAGCGCGCGCGACGAGCUCCGCUCAUGGCUCGACCGGCCGGACGUCGAGGUCAGGACGGCCACCUCCAGGAUGAUAUUUGGCGUCACGGCAAAGAAGCUGAUCAGCCACGACGACGUGGCAUCAGGAGGAAGCCUGUGGAAAUGCUUCGACGCCUGGACCAAGGGGCUGUUGUCAUUCCCAAUCUGCGUUCCUGGAACAGCCUUCUAUAAAUGCAUGCAGGGACGCAAGAACGUCAUGAAGGUACUCAAGCAGCAGCUCGAUGAGCGCAGGAACGCAGCCGAGCGCAAGACCGUGGAUUUCUUCGAUCUUGUGAUCGAUGAGAUGGAGAAGCCAAACCCUAUAAUGAACGAGAACAUCGCGUUGGACUUAUUGUUCUUGCUCCUCUUUGCAAGCCACGAGACGACGUCGAUGGGACUGACCGCGAUACUCAAGUUUCUAACGGACAAUCCAAAAGCCUUGCAAGAAUUGACCGAGGAGCAUGAAAAAAUCAUGGAAAGAAGGGUGGAGUCAGACUCGGAUAUCGCCUGGGAGGAGUACAAGUCUAUGAAAUUCACAUCUCAUGUUAUACAUGAAUCUCUUAGGCUCGCAAACAUCGCUCCGGUGGUGUUCAGACAAGCAAAAAACCAGGACGUACACAUAAAGGGGUAUACUAUACCAGAAGGAUCAAAGAUCAUGAUCUGUCCAUCUGCUGUGCACCUGAAUUCAAAGGUUUACGAGGACCCCUUGGCAUUCAAUCCAUGGAGAUGGAAGGAUACUCCUGAACCAGUUGGUGACUCUAAGGAUUUUAUGGCCUUUGGGGUGGUUUGCGGUUAUGUGUUGGUGCUGAGUUUGCCAAGUUGCAAAUGGCUAUGUUCCUCCACUGCUUGGUCACCAAUUACAGAUGGAAAGCCCUCACCAAAGGGACGAUGA